AUGAAUGCGUUCCCUCAAGCAGUGCAUGCAGCUUCUUACGAUUACCUGGAGGAAGUGAACUGUAGCACUGCUGCUUUCCUCAUAUGUAACGCCACCAUCCCAAAAACAGGUCAGGCUUGGGAAAUCUGCAGGGAUGAGAUCAACAGAAAGGCGGCCGGUAGCAUACACGUGUCACCACCCCUGGCAGCAGUGGAUGUGGUGAGGCUGGCAAGCGCAGUGAAGAAGGCCACGAUUACUGCAACACAGGCGAGGCGUUGCAAGAACCUGACCGUUCCCCUUGCGGGGUCGCCCAAGGUUAUCGAGGUUGCAAAUUCUUUGCCUUUGAGCUGCAAUGAUCUUGACGGUUACUUCAAGCCCGAGACCGAUACAUGGUUUGUGCGCACUCGAGCGCAGCCGCCACGAUCUGGGUCAAAGCCAUUCUGCAGUGUCGCAAUUGAGCGCCUUGAGCCGGAGCAUUGGCAAUUGAUCGGCAGUCUGGUGCAAGGUUGCUGA